CACAAAAACAAAUGUUGCUACUAUGCUCAGCGUAGUCGAUUACCUAUAGUCCAUGGCAUUUUGAGAUUCCCAGAGAUGUCUGCUCGGAGAUGGACACGUGCUAUAAUAUUGUAGAGUAACGUCCGGACCAUCUACGCUUGCAAAAAAAUUACUAACGUUGUGUGUUCGUUUUCUGAGAACGGAGCUGGUUUCCCAAAGAUCCUCUGAAAAUCCGAUCUCUGGAGUUUUUUCAAAAGUUACCUCCGCUUGUGAAAAGUUUUGCUCAAGUCUUGGCUAUUGAACAGCGAACAUCGCAGGCCUCUAUCUCAUUCCUAUCAAAAGUUAUUCAAAAAAUGCCCCCGGGUCUUGUAUUUUGGGAUGGAUAGUAGAUUGGUUCUAAAUGAGGCGGAGUAAGUUGCUGUAAUGAUGGGACAUUUCAAAUAGAUUUGCCCAUAUUCAAAAAACGCGAUUCAGGCGUCAUGCGUUUUUAAUUCACUGUCCUUGUCUUUGUAGGCUGUACUUCUAAUUUUGCACAUUCUGGUACAUUUUCUGAUGUUUUCAAAAUUCUUAUGGAAUUUGUUGUUGGAUCAAGGCAAAUAUUUUUCAACUCAGCAUCAUUCAACAUUUUGAACGGUGCUCAAAGGAGAAAAACGCUAUCAGAGAUUCAAAUAGCAGGUUUUGUAGAGAAUUCAAUUCUUUAUCGUUUGAGCUUAGAAUGAACUCGUUGAAUCAUUGGGUAGUGCCCUAAAAAUAACGAACAAAAGUAUCUCAUUUUAUCUAGGCCACCCGAUAUGUUUUUACAAUUUAUUUCUUUUUCUUCUUUAGUUUUUAACUCAAGAUAAUUUGACGUUAUGGGGCAAAUGUAAAACUUAUUUUAGCUCUUUUUUUAAACAAUUAAGUUUAGUAUCAUAUAUUCUAUUUUAUGUUGGAUUAAUACUAAGAUUUCAAGAUGCAACAACAUCAGCUAGUUUUGAUGCUGCUAGGAUUGUCAUGGGUUAUGCUAUAGAAAUUUGGAUUCUUCGUGCUCUGUCAUUUAUUUAUGUACUCUCAUUUUUGGGUCCACAUUUGGUUGCAAUUGGAAAAAUGCUAAAAGAUCUAUUGUUUUUUAUGAUCUUAAUUGGUUUAGUUAUGACAGCCUAUGGUGUUGCAUCACGAUCAAUAGCCUAUCAAAAUUUAGAUGAUCAAAAUGGUCAAUUAAAUUUUACUGCACUAGAUGUUUUUGGAAAAAUUAUUUAUCCUGUUUAUUAUUUAAUGUAUAGUGAUUUUAAUAAUGAAACUGGUUAUUUAGACGCUUAUACAGGUGCUAGUUGGUCAAUAGCUACUCAUGUUUUAUUAGCAUUUCAUAUGUUAUUUAUUAAUGUUUUAUUAUUUAAUUUAUUAAUUGCAAUGUUCAAGUAUGUCGCUAAAUUAGAAGUACAGCCUACAAAGACAAGGACAGUGAAUUAAAAACGCAUGACGCCUGAAUCGCGUUUUUUGAAUAUGGGC